GAAAAAUUGAGUUCCUCCGCGUGAAGCACGACCUUAAAGUCGCGAGGAUUUCAAAGAAAAUUCCCUCGCCAGUUUUAGUUCGAACACGUAACUCGCUCGCCGCAGAAAUUCAUUCAUUCAUUCAUUCAUUCGCCUAUAUUUUCAUCGAGUAACAUAAAAAAAAAAGAAAAGGAAAAAUAUAUAGUGUAUAACAAAAAAACGAAACGUGAAUCGCCACCUGUCAGCGAAAUGAACUCGCUGUACCUUGGGAAACUUCUGUUCACCUUCAUCGUCGUCUUCGUCGCAUUUCUACUCCAGGUAGUGACGUCAGAAGAAGGAAGUAACCAGGUUUCUCCGUCAUCGGGUCUUUCGAGCGGGCAAAACCAGUUUGUUAAGGCGCCCAGUGUCGGCGGAACAGCGCCGCCUCGAAGAGACGGUUGGGCGGCCCGGCGCCGACAACCCGACGCUUCGCCUUACCACAGGAACCAGCAUCCCAAGACCAAGACGAGCAGGAGGAAACCCACGAGACCCAGGAAAGACUUGAAAAAGAAAGCCCUGGUGGACGCUCAAGGGAUAGGAGAAGUCAUCAGUGGACAGGAAUCCUUGCAGAAGUUCAUGGAAAUUGCGACUACCCUGGAAGUGCAAGAUCUUUUCAAUUUGCAAGACAUAACAGUUCUGGCGAUUUCGAACGACAUCGAAGUGUCACAAUGGCAAGCCGAAAUCGCAGCCGAUCCUGACAAAGCCAAACACAUCGACAGGUUCAAACGUCACGUCCUUUCUGAGCCAUACACUUUUGAAAUGUUGGACAAUAUCCAGCCAGUGCCCACAAUGUCCGAGGAAAUCCUUGUCAUAGCUCAUCGUGAUGGAGGUCGCAUAGUCGUCUUCGAUGAUGACAGCACAGAACUCGGUCAAAUUGUUACCACGGAUUUGGAGGCUUCCAACGGGGUCGUCCACAUCGUCGACAGGGUUUUGGUGCGACAUGAAGACACUCCAAGAGCAUAAAUAAGAAUCCUCCAAAUCCUUCCGAAUUCGUCACAAACAGGCAAAGAAAUGUAGUAGUUAUUUUUUGAAAACAG